UUGAUUAUACAAAUAUUCAAAAAUGAAAAGGAACAGGAAGCCACCCAAGCCACUCACAAGCAAUGGAAUAUAAAUAGUUAGAAGGCAGCAAUCAGGAACUAUAGAGCAAAUGAACAGGCUUGUAUUUCCAAUGAUCAGUUGCAUAGCAUGCCCAUCUAGAUGAAUACUAUUCCAGCAGUGACUGAAAACAUACAGGAUCACGGAUUGAAACAUUCUGAAAUGCUCAACUCAAGUGCAAAUACUUCAGGCAACCACUGCACUUACAACGCAAUAGUAACCAAGCAAGUCAUCCCCCUUGCAUACAGUUUCAUUUUCAUAGGAGGAUUCCUGCUAAACGGCAUAGCUGCAUGGAUUUUCCUGCACGUUUCUAGCAAAAAAAGCUUUAUCGUCUAUCUCAAGAACAUUGUUGUUGCUGACCUCAUCAUGAGCCUGACUUUCCCUUUCAAAAUUCUUGCUGAUACAGAAAUUGGGCCUUGGCAACUCAACGCCUUUGUGUGCCAAUAUUCAGCUGUUGUCUUUUACUUAAAUAUGUAUAUUGGAAUAGCAUUUUUUGGCCUCAUUGGUUUUGAUAGGUACUACAAAAUUGUAAAGCCUGGGUUUACAUCCUUUGUUCACACAGUAAAUUACAGCAAGAUUAUCUCCAUAGUCAUAUGGGUAUUGCAAAUGUUUUUAGCAUUGCCCAAUAUUAUGUUAACUAGCGAGUCUCCAAAACAGGGAAAUCCUAAAAAUUGUAUGAGUCUCAAAAGUGAAUUAGGUAAAUACUGGCAUGAGGCUUCAAACUAUACUUGCCUAGGAAUUUUUUGGAUUGUGUUUUUUCUAUUAACCAUUUUUUACAGUUUGAUAUUAAGAAAAAUAUACAAUUCCUACAAAAAGUUCAGGAGAAAUUCAGAAGCAACCAGGAAAAAAACCAAUCGUAACAUAUUCAGCAUCAUGUUCGUGUUUGUCAUUUGCUUUGUCCCAUAUCAUCUCUGUAGAAUUCCAUACACACUAAGCCAAACCGGAUCAAAAUAUACCUGUCAGUCAAAAAGACCUCUGUUCUAUGCAAAGGAAUUCACUUUGUUACUGUCUGCUGCAAAUGUAUGCUUUGAUCCUAUUAUUUAUGUCUUUCUCUGUCAACCCUUUAGAGAAAAAUUAUAUCAAAAACUGAAUCUUAGGUUGGGAGCUACAGGUAACAUAGAAAAUUCUAGAUCUAGAAGGUCAAACACAUUUCGUGAAAGUAUAAAUAUUACAUAAAUUCAGAGAUCUCUUGUGAUAAUAAUGUUGAAAAAUAGCGAAGAUAACAUAUGGUUAAUAACUGAACUGAAUAAAUAAAAAGCAUAUGCAAGAACAAAUAAGAUUUCAAUAUAAUAAGCAGUUCACAUUUUAUUUCCUACAACAUACCAUACAUGUACUUAUACUCUACUUCAAUUUACUUCAUUCUGUCAUAUGAUAGAGUAAGUGAUCUUUCUGUAUUUAAGGAGGACAAAAUAAAAUUACUUGAUUCGAAUCCUGGAGCAUGCCACAUAAGUAGACAGAACUAAGAAUAGACCAAGAAGCAGCUCUAUCUUGUUAAACUCCUGGGAAGCCAACCAAGAGCAUAAAAGAAAAAACACACCUAGCAGAAUGCGACUGAGACCAGCUGAGUAGCUUAACUCAAGACCUGAGUAUUCUCAGGUAGUGCUAACUUUGGCAGCAGCCAGUUUGGCAGAAGCCAGUAGGGCCAAGCCAAGCACUCAGGCCCUGGAAGGAAGAAAGUGCCCUGCAUCAAUCUAACAAAACAAAGACCUGAGAAUGCCGAAAGGGGCGCCAACAAACAUCAAGAGAGGGUGAAAGAAGAGACAAAGAAUAAAAGGUGCAAAGCAGCUGAAAUCCUUAAGGUUCCACCUAGAGCUUAGAGAACCCUUGUUAGGUUAUGAGAUGAGAGGCAAUUUUAAAAGUUUAUGAUAAUCUAUUUGUAACUCUUACAGAAAAAUCUUUAUUCAAUAAGAAUUAAGCCACAGAGUUUUACAGGCUAUUAUACAAGCUGUAGCCUGUAAAAGAAAAAGUAAAUCUUCUGUUUUUUGUCUUUCUAAAAAAGACACUUUAAUUAUAUUCUACAGUACAGACACAAAACUAUCUAUCCUAAAUAUUACAGGACCAUUCAAUAAGUCUGUAGAAAAGUAAACUUUCUACUUACUUUCUACUUAGUCCAUAAUGCUCCAGGACUAUUUUAGCAGACUGUUACAAACACUCUGGUCACCCAAUUCACUUGAAAUCAUCACUGAAAUUCUGUGAAAAUGAUCUCCAAGGGAAAACAGGCUGUGUUGCUUAUGAGUUAGAUUGAGAGCCUCAAAUCUAUCAAGUCCUGAGAGAAUCAUACCCCCAUUCUACAGGCUGAGAAAACACAAUUUGAGUCCAACCCAACAACUAGCUUCAAGCAGGCCUAGUACACAAAUGUGAUAUACAGUAACAUCUCAAACUGUCAACUAACAUUGUUAAUGUUAUGCAUAACUAAAUUUUACAAGAUAUAUAACAUGCAUGUCUUCAUAACAUACUGAAGAUUUGCAAAUAACUUUCUCUCUUGAAUACCAAGUAGUGCAUCAACAUCUUCUGGUUACUCACAGCAAGAUGGAAAUGGAAGUCAAAAGGUGAUUUGAAAUGAUUUUGUAAGGGAGAAACUAAAUACUUAAUCAGAUUACCAGAGACUGAGUCAAAAUAUGACUAUGCAGUGAAGCAACCCAUAUGGCACACAACAGGGUAUGCACCAAAGAGAUUGUACGCCAAGGCAGCUGUAACUUCACCAACCAUUUCUUUGAAAGAAGUGAAGGGAAAAUAAAACAAGCAA